AUGCCAUCAAGACCAGUGUCAGGUUGGACAGGAGGCAAUGGAUUUCGGACUAAACGGACACGUCAACGACUCGCCAUGGUGAUUGUCUCAUGCUCUGUUCCUACAACGCCAGGACAGAUUCCACGCCAAUCUUCACGCCCUUUUCGAAGUUGCAGGGCGCAUCAACUACCACGUCGUCCUGCAGGGAACAAGGUCCAGGAAGACGGACGUGAGGCAGCUGAGUGA